AUGGCUUCUGGACUCAAGCACAUCGCCUCUAUGUACCUGAAGUUGCUCGGGUUGAAGUCCUCAAGUUGGUUCAUGACUCCAAACUUGCUGGACAUUUUGGAGUUUCUAAGACGGAGGAACUUUUAUCCCGUUCCUUUUGGUGGCCUGGUCCUAAAUACCGGGCUUCAUCCAGCUUUUAUCCCUGAUCUCCCUAUCUCAACUCCAAUUCCUGCUGUUACCAACAGAUUAACUGCUUUACAGGAGACCCAGGGAAAAUUGAUCGAGACUUUGAGGGAAGCUCAGGAAAGUUACAAGAAGGCUGCCGAUAGACAUCGCAGAGCACUUCCUACCUUUCAUGUGGGUGAUCAAGUUUGGUUAUCUACUAAAAAUCUGAAGGUUCAUGUUCCAUCUGCAAAGUUGGGACAAAAGUUUGUGGGACCUUUCCAGAUCUUGGCCCAGAUCAACCCAGUUGCCUUUCGCCUAAAACUUCCAGCAAGUAUGAAGAUUCACCCUGUGUUUCACAUUUCGCUACUUAAACCUUUUCACGAAAAUACUUUUUCUGGAAGAACACUUCCACCCCCUCCACCUGUUGAGGUACAGGGUGAAGAAGAAUACGUGGUGGAGAAAAUUCUUGAUUCCAGGAUCUAU